CUCAGAAAUAACAGUUUGUCUGCAAACCAGUAUUUCACAGCUCUACUUCGUCACAGUUUCCUGUGUGGUGUGCAGCUUGUCAGUUUGAGCAAGAGGACUGCACACUGACAAACUCUUCUGGCUUUAAAAUCAAGAAGCAGAUCCAGUAAUCCCAAAAUGUCGAACCCAGUGGUCACCCAUCAACCAGGCGCAGGCAGCUAUGGGACAAAUGUCCAAACAGGAGAAUGGAGCACACACCUGUGCUCCUGCUUCAGUGACUGUUUUGUCUGUGCUCUUGGUUGCAUCUGUCCAAUUGCAUUGAGCUGCUACACAGCUAAUAAGUAUGGAGAAAACUGCUGCUUGGGUUGUAUUCCAGGAGGCACAGCCGCCCUAAGGACUCAUAUGAGACUGACCUAUGGUAUUCAAGGAACAGUAAUCAAUGAUGCCUUGAUGACCUUUUUCUGCGGGUUGUGCGAGACAUGCAGAAUGGCACGUGAAAUCCACAUCAGGAAUGGAGAAUAAUCAUAAGAAGGCAAAAAGGAUUCUGGCCAACUUCAUACAGUAUUAUUUGUUUGUUGAUGAUGUCCAGCUAUUGUGAGAAUCAUUUCUUUUUAAUUCUUGUAGCGGGCCUAGCUUUCAUGCUGACAGCAAAGGAAGGAGAGGCUAAUUAACAAUGCAUUCAAGUUUAUCAAUUGUAAUAUUUUACCUGUAGCCUUAUGUGUAUCUGUGCAACUGCGUGACAAAGUGCUAGAACUGAUCUGCAUUACUGUAAAUAAACUGCAUUGUUCAAUCAUUCACAACAGGAUUAA